UCCUCUCUCUCCCUGGGAGGCUCUGAAUGCACAGUACCGAGGCACAGGGAGCACAUCUGCAUCCAGGAGCCUCCAUCUUCUAGACUCCGGCAGCCCCCCGCUUUAUUCGGAUGGUCAGAAGCAUGCAGCGGGUCUAGAUCUCCCUGCAGCGCGCACGGGAAGCUCUUCUCUCGGAUGCUUUACAUCUUCAUCUUGGAAAUGCACAAGAUUAUGUCUGUUUCUGUCUUCCUGGUUCCUGUGCUGUGGGGGCUGAUCACUGGAGUCUAUUCCAACAGCAUCCAAAUAGGAGGGUUGUUUCCAAGGGGUGCAGAUCAGGAAUACAGUGCAUUUCGGGUAGGGAUGGUUAUCUUUUCCACUUCAGAGUUUAGGCUGACGCCCCAUAUCGACAAUCUGGAGGUAGCUAACAGCUUCGCUGUAACCAAUGCUUUCUGCUCCCAGUUUUCAAGAGGAGUCUUUGCUAUUUUUGGAUUUUAUGAUAAGAAGUCUGUAAAUACUAUCACAUCAUUUUGCGGAACUCUUCAUGUCUCCUUCAUAACCCCAAGCUUUCCAACAGAUGGUACUCAUCCAUUUGUUAUUCAAAUGAGGCCGGACCUCAAAGGAGCGCUUCUUAGUUUGAUUGAAUACUAUCAAUGGGAUAAAUUUGCAUAUCUUUAUGACAGUGAUAGAGGUUUAUCAACACUGCAAGCUGUGCUGGAUUCUGCAGCUGAGAAGAAAUGGCAAGUGACAGCAAUCAAUGUAGGCAACAUUAACAAUGACAGGAAAGAUGAAACGUACCGAUCCCUCUUCCAGGAUCUGGAAUUAAAAAAGGAAAGACGGGUGAUUCUUGACUGUGAGAGGGACAAAGUAAACGACAUUGUGGAUCAGGUAAUCACCAUUGGUAAACAUGUUAAAGGAUACCAUUAUAUCAUAGCAAAUCUGGGCUUUACAGAUGGAGAUUUAUCAAAAAUACAGUUUGGAGGGGCCAAUGUAUCAGGAUUUCAGAUUGUCGAUUAUGAUGACCCUGGAGUUGCCAAAUUCAUACAGCGCUGGUCAACACUAGAGGAAAAGGAAUAUCCUGGUGCACACACGACAACUAUUAAGUAUACUUCGGCUCUGACUUUUGAUGCUGUCCAAGUGAUGACUGAGGCCUUUCGAACUUUAAGGAAACAGAGAAUUGAACUCUCUAGGAGAGGAAAUGCUGGUGACUGUUUAGCAAAUCCUGCUGUACCGUGGGGUCAUGGAGUUGAAAUAGAGAGAGCACUCAAACAGGUCCAAGUGGAUGGUUUGACUGGAAAUAUAAAAUUUGAUCAGAAUGGUAAAAGAGUGAAUUAUACAAUCAACAUAAUGGAACUCAAGAGCAAUGGACCUCGGAAGAUUGGCUACUGGAGUGAAAUUGACAAGAUGGUGGUUACUGUUAGUGAUGUAUUAUCUGCAAACGACUCCAUGGGUUUGGAAAACAAAACUGUUAUUGUCACGACUAUUUUGGAAGCUCCAUAUGUCAUGCAUAAGAAAAAUUCAGAUCAGUUUGAGGGAAAUGAUCGUUAUGAAGGAUACUGUGUUGAUUUGGCGACGGAAAUUGCCAGACACUGUGGAUUUAAAUACAAACUGACAAUAGUUGGUGAUGGAAAGUAUGGGGCAAGAGACGCUGAAACAAAAAUAUGGAAUGGCAUGGUCGGUGAAUUAGUCUAUGGGAAAGCGGAUAUUGCUAUUGCUCCAUUAACUAUAACACUGGUGAGAGAAGAAGUGAUUGACUUCUCUAAACCAUUCAUGAGUUUGGGAAUAUCAAUUAUGAUCAAGAAGCCUCAGAAGUCAAAACCAGGAGUGUUUUCUUUUCUUGAUCCUUUAGCCUAUGAGAUCUGGAUGUGCAUAGUGUUUGCAUAUAUUGGGGUCAGUGUAGUUUUAUUCCUGGUGAGCAGAUUUAGCCCAUAUGAAUGGCAUACUGAGGAGUUUGAAGACGGAAGAGAAACGCAAAGUAACGAUUCAUCUAAUGAGUUUGGGAUAUUUAAUAGUCUCUGGUUUUCCCUUGGUGCCUUUAUGCAGCAAGGAUGCGAUAUUUCGCCAAGAUCCCUAUCUGGUCGCAUUGUUGGAGGUGUGUGGUGGUUCUUUACCUUGAUUAUCAUUUCAUCCUACACGGCUAACUUAGCUGCCUUCCUUACUGUGGAACGGAUGGUGUCACCUAUAGAAAGUGCAGAAGAUCUUUCUAAACAAACUGAAAUAGCAUAUGGAACAUUGGAUUCAGGGUCAACAAAGGAAUUCUUUAGGAGAUCCAAAAUUGCUGUGUUUGAUAAAAUGUGGACAUAUAUGAAAAGUGCAGAGCCAUCUGUCUUUGUGAAGACCACAGCAGAAGGUGUAGCCCGGGUACGGAAGUCCAAAGGAAAAUAUGCCUACUUGCUGGAGUCCACCAUGAAUGAAUACAUCGAGCAAAGGAAACCGUGCGACACCAUGAAAGUUGGAGGAAAUUUGGAUUCGAAAGGCUACGGGAUCGCAACACCAAAACAAUCCCCAUUAAGAAAUGCGGUUAACCUCGCAGUACUAAAACUGAAUGAACAAGGCCUGUUGGACAAAUUGAAAAACAAAUGGUGGUACGACAAAGGAGAGUGCGGCAGCGGGGGAGGUGAUUCCAAGGAAAAGACAAGUGCGCUCAGUCUGAGCAAUGUGGCUGGAGUAUUCUACAUCCUCGUGGGAGGACUUGGCUUGGCAAUGCUGGUGGCUUUGAUUGAGUUCUGCUACAAGUCAAGAGCUGAGGCGAAACGAAUGAAGGUGGCAAAGAAUGCACAGAACACUAACCCAGCUUCCUCGCAGAAUUCACAGAAUUUUGCAACUUAUAAGGAAGGUUACAACGUAUAUGGAAUCGAAAGUGUAAAAAUUUAGGGGAUAUCGUUCAGUGAUGUCAUGAGGAACAAGGCAAGGCUGUCAAUUACAGGAAGUGCUGGGGAAAAUGGACGUGUUCUAACACCAGAAUUUCCAAAAGCAGUGCAUGCAGUGAGUCCUGGCAUGAGAAUGAAUGUCAGUGUGACUGAUCUCUCGUGAUUGAUAAGAACCUUUUGAGUGCCUUACACAAUGGUCUUUCUUGUGCGUUUAUUGUCAACGUGGUGAAAGAGGCAUCCAAUAUCUUGAAGACUUUUUAUUUUCUAAACAAGAAUUCUAUCAUCUCUGUGGAUUUCAUCUUGAAUAACAAAAUGGAUGCUUGGCUGGAAAUAAAAAGGGAAACAAAAUAUACAGCAUAGACACAACUCAAUUUUCUACACUUAUUCAAGAUGAAGCUUGACUGACAUGCACAGCUAAAAUUGGAAGAUCUGUUAAUUUGACUUAAAUCGUUGUACAGGCAACACACCAGUUUCUGAAGCCACCGUUAGUCUCUUGAUUCAUAUGACUUAAGCACACUUGACAUCAACUGCAUCAAGAUGUGACAUUUUAUAAGAUAAAAAGAGAAAAAACAUGGAAAAAAUAUUUUUUGGUAUUUUCGAAAAAAGGAAACAAUGGCUUUUCAAUAAAUUGCUUCCAUUCUGGUUGUAUAUAUAUAUAUAGAUAUAUAUAUAGAAUACUAUAAGAGGAACAUAAGGGUUACAUCACAAGAUGCAUAUUUUAAAAGCCAAAUAUACAUUUGCGGAAGAGAAAUGAAGCCUAUAUAAAACAAUGGGGUUGUGUAAGAAAGUACUAUUAUUAUUGAUAAAAGCAAAUCAGUUCUGUAUAUUCUAAUCUUUAACAUUGAUGUUACAUUCAGAACACUUGAUAAUGCUCAGUAUUGAAAAUAAAACUUUUUUGUUUCCUAUGAUUUUAUCUCCAGAACGACCAUUUACCAUUGGAGUUUGACGAGUUUAACUUCUGUCAUGAUCAUGAGUUAAUUUCAGUAAUCUCAUACAAUUUUCAAAAAACAUCAUAAAGUAAUGGUGUAAUACAUGAAAAGUUUGAUUUGCUGUACUGAUGUUAAAAACAAUGGAGUAAUGAAAUGUGCCAAACUGAUAUCACCCCUCCUGGUAUUUAUUUAAACACCUAGGACCUUCCACCCCACUGGAACCCUUGUGCCUAACAUAGAAAUAGACAAACCCAUUUUAUUCUUGAUAAUAUGGUUAAUAAUGACCCUGGAUUGUUAUAGUAAUCCCAUUCAGUGGUGGCACAACACUUCAAACUGACAUCAGAUUUUUACUUUCCUGUAUAAAACAUUACAACAUUUCAAAAAUGUGUCUCCAGUGAAAUAUAUAAAAGGUUAUGUAAAGUUUUCUCCCUAUGUCUAAGUGAUUUAAGUGGUCACUAACCUUUCAGCAAACAUUGCAAAAAUCCAUAGUACAGUAUAAUCUAAGAUACUUUGUGAUGUAAAUUAUCAGAUAAGAAAGAGCAUCUUUCUCCACUUAUCCGGCUCUUAACUCUGAAUUCUCUGCUGAAUCCAUCUUGAAAGACCAAGUUGGACUGUUGGCUCACUGAAGGAUCAGAUUACAUGCCGCCCAUAUGGAAAGGGGAUAAGGAACUGCUAGAGGGACAAACAGGCAUUUUUAUCUGUUAAGAUAUAUCAAAGUUUAAAUCAAGUUCUUCAAGUUCAACAUUUAUUUUGUUUAGUUUUUUCUUUUAAUUUUCCAUGUCAUUAUCUAUAUUUAAGAAGUCCCUAGGGAACACGGGAUCACACCUUUGACAAUAGCUGAUCAGGACAUAUCUCUUUCCCCCUCUCUCCAUAGUGAACUUUGCACAGGUCACAGAACCUGGGUAAAACACUCUUACAUAGAAGUCAAUAGUAUGUUUUGUUUCUUAUGUGGAUGUGACUGCUGUAAAACAAAUGACUGAACUGCUGUUCACCAGCAGCUCAGGCAAUAUAGUUGCCCUCAUAAUGAUAUUAAAAAAAAAGUGAAUAAAAAGAAAUUUACUUUUAGAAAAUGAAAACAGAAUUACAAAGGACAUGUUUCAGAAUAUAGUUCUAAUUAAUAAAAAAUAGGGGAUAUUUUUGUAUCUUAAGUGGAAAGAUUCUUAAACUGCAACAGGUAAACAUGGCCAUUUUUUUUUAAUAAUUUACUUAUUUAACGUUCCUUAUUUUAGCUACUUAAUAACAAUAGGACUGAAAGUAUGAUUAUUUUAACUUACAUUGUAAAUAGAUCUUGGGUAGAAAAUGGUUAAGUGUACUGUUUAAAGAAGCAAAGUGAAAUAUGGAUGAAGACUGGCCUGUAAAAAACUAGAUAUUGACAUGUACAAAGAAUCAGAUGACAAGUGGUUUAGAUGAUGAAAUUAUAGGUGGCUCCAAAUAUUUGUAAGAUAGACAACCUAAAAUGUCUAAAGACAUUGGGAGAAUUUAUCACACCCUUCACUCCAGAAUUCUGGCUUUAAAAAGUUGCAAAAUAUGGCUUUUUCAAUUUUUGGGCUUAUUUAGGUAAAAACAUGUGGCUUUCUGUAUUUUUACACCAUUCACUCCAGUUUUCAAAAGAGCGUGGGAAAGUUGGCAUGGUUGGCUUUUUUAGUUAUUUUCACUCCAUAUUUAUCACUUUUAAAAAGUGGCAAAAAAAGUCUCAAAGUCAUUCCAGUAGGGGGUGGCAUUAAAAACUGGAGAAUCAUUUCUAGACAAAAGUUUUAGGUUUAUAGAUGCAAACAUUUAACAAACAAUGUGAGAAUAGUUGAUAAAUGUCGUGUAAAGUACACCAACACAGACUCAAGCAAAGCUGAUCUCAAAUAUUACCCUUAUGAUACAGAGAGAGAGAAAGAAAAAUGAAAAAAAAAAAAAAAAGUGAGAAAC